GGGAGAACGAACAAGUUAGUGGAUGGUUGUUACUCACUGUGGCAAGGAGGUGUAUUUCCUUUAAUACAUCAUGUCCUAAAGAAGCAGAAUGAUCAAGCAUUAAGUAGUGAAAGUUGGAUGUUUGAUCAAGGUGAGCCAAAGAGCCAUGCAUAAAAAACCUAAAGAGGGACAAGUCGGAGGAACGAGCUCGUGAGGACUUGCGUGGAGCGACCUUUCCACGCAACAAAUGGUUGCGGGAACUUGUGGUCACACAUGCAGAGCGAGAUUUCAAGGCGACAAGUCGCUGUGACAAUUCACUCUGGUUGGUCAAUUUUAAUUUUGUUCCAUCGACAUGUCGCAAGAGCUGUACACACGAUGGGACAAGUCUCAAGACGAAAACUUAAGCUUACCUAAUAAAGAUUGCGAUAGCAUAAGUAAACCUACAGUAAUAUUAUUUCCCGUUUCUUUCAGCUGCGUUGCAAACAUACUUACUAGCAAACUGUCAAUAUCCUUCUGGCGGGCUCAUUGAUAAACCUGGAAAGUAAGUCUUGGAUUGCUUUGAAGUAUUUCGUUAAAGUGCGACUAACCACAAAUACGAUUUUUGGUUUGUGUGAUAUUUGGGUCAUCCGAAGACGAAAUGUAAUGUAUCUUUGUGAUAAAAAAUCCCAUGUUGAUCAACUUUUUCACUGUCAAUGUUUCCGGAUAUGAUGUCAUUAGGUGAGUUGCAAAUUAAAAUUACGAACACUGAAAUAAUAGGUUAUAAUACAUCUCGCAUUACUUUUUAUUUUUUUGUCUUUCAUCUUUUUUUCCCGAUAAUUACGUCACAAAUCUCUCUCCAAUGUAGUUUUCCUUUGUUUUUUUUCACCAAAAAUUCACCUAUAAUGACAUCAUAUCCGGAAACUUUGCCAGUGAAAAAGUUGAUCAAGAUGAGGUUUUUUACUAUAAAGAUACAUUACAUUUCUUCUUAGAAUGACCCAAAUAUUACACAUACCAAAAAUUAUAUUUGGGGUUAAUUGCACUUUAACAUAGGAUUAAGCUAACCGUGAACAACUGGCCCCUGCAUGCUUUAAUAUUAGGGACCUUAAGCAUGUACGACCGCAACGCGACGACGACAACCAAAUCAAACUUCUUCAAAUAAAUUAUUGCGAAGAAGUGUUGUUAUCUAUUAUCCACUGCAUGUAUACAUGAAUUGAGUUCAGUUUGAAGAGAAUAAAACAAAGGCUUUAUGGUUAAAAACGCUUCUGCUGAGCAAACUUGCAGUUUCACUUGUCGCGUCUUGACAUGUUUGCGUUGUACAAGAGACUCGUGAAAAUCUCUGGUUUGCCGUUUUAAAAAGCCCUAACACAACGUCUCUAACUCCCGUGGGGCUUUUAAUUAUUCAUUUCUUUUGUACGAGAUCAGGAAUAUCAUUGUGUGAAUAGUCGUCGCGUUGCCGUCCUGUCUGCUUAAGGUCCCUACUUCUCAAGGAGGAGAGGUUGGUGAAGCUGGUAGGAGGGUUUUAACGUGUUGAAUUUUCUGUUUUAGAGUUCGUGAUUUCUACCAUACAUGUUACUGUUUAAGUGGUCUAUCUGUCGCGCAGCAUUUUAACGAAAUGGACAAGGUCAAUCGCAAUGUGGUUGGAAAUGAAGAUAAUUUAUUGGUACGAUAAUGAUUUUAACCUUUUAGCUCCACUUAAUAUUAAAUAUAUCUUAUUCGUAUCUUUCUUUAUAGAAUACGACGCAUCCACUAUUUAAUAUUGGAUUGGAUAGCGCGCUGGAAGCAGUGACAUACUAUAACACACUAGAAAUUCCAUCCCUGGAGCAGUUGAGACACUUUAUAGUUUAG